AUGUUCCGCGUCACGCCACUUUCUUCCGUGCGUUUCGGCCAUGACUGUGCUAGUAGUUUGAAUAAACUAUUUAGCAGAGGAAUCCGAUCAGUGAACAUUCGUUGGUGGCCCACUUUGGAAAAUCCCUGGGUCGAGAAAGCUACAAACGAAAACAUUCCGAAACUGAUUCCUGACGAAAAGCGCGUUGAAUAUGAAACAUCAAGGGAGGAAUUCAAAUGGGUUGAGAAGGUACUUCCCAAAAAAAUCAUCCCACCUGCUCCAUCCAAUAUUGAAACACCCACUCCGAGUGGCUGGAUUGCGCCUAACGCUGAAUUAAGUUCGAAAUACCCCUAUUCCGUGAGACGAACAAAGAACCACAUGCUUCCAAUCUAUUAUGAAGAAAAGCAGCGCAAACUGGCCGAACAGGCACACGGAAUUCGCCAACUGACUGUUAUAAAACACAUAAAUGGAGACAUGUGGGUAAGUAACUAUAACCGAGUAGAAGUUGAUGGCGCACUGAACUGUGCUAAUUAG